AUGCCCAUCACCAGCCAAGAGGAUGCCACCGCCCCCACCGGCGCAGCACCCCCCCGAUCUAGUCAGCGAUCGCGGGCCACCACCGAGCCAGACCAGCCACGCCGUAGUGACAGCACAAUAACCACUAGGCACCGCAUCAUCCCAGCUCUCCCUCUCUUCAUUCCUGCCAUUGUCCCUUCCUCGCCGCGUAAAUUGUUGACCAAUCCCCUCCCCAAAACAUCCAAACUAAUUGUCUUUCCAGAUAAAGAAUAUCCCCACCUACCCCCGGGAACCCACUACCGCCUAGAAGACCACCAGCCGGCGACAAACCCGGACACACGCACUGUCUUGGCAACACCGCGCGCAACAGCAGUAGUGGAGCCUGGGGCUGCGGUGAUGACAGUGCCACGUAAUGAGGUGGAGGCGGCGGAGGCGGCUGAUGGGACAGGUGUACGGCCGCUCAUAGAGAGUGCAGCAGUCAGAGAAGGCGGAGAGGGCUCCGGCGGAUUGAGAGGGGAGUUACAAGCUUCGAGUCCAUAUCGGGGAACGGGGAGGUAUCGGAGACCGAGGAACUUUGAGGACUCCUCGUCGACUAGUAGAGAGUGGUGGUAA